AUUCUAUAGGUAACUUCUCUUCAGGCUGUCAUUAGGCACCAAUGGAUCACCAUGACCUCCAUUCUUCUGAACAGCAAGAUCUUCUAGGGAGGGCAAGUAGCAUACCUGAUAGUUCUGGAGCAAAUGCUGGAUUUGAGGAGCAGUUACGAGACUCUGAUCUUGAUAUUAAGGGUUGCAAAGUAGCAAAAUUGCCAGAAAUAGAAAUAAAAUGCUUAAGUUCUGGUAAUAGUUCUACUACUUGUACCAAAGAAGAUGCGAAUGAUAUGAAGAAAACAUUUUCUCUUGUUACUACAUCUGGAGAUUCGGUUAUAAUCAAUCAAAGUUGUUCUGGAGGAGCUCUGAUGGUGAUAUCUCCAUGCAAUAUGCCUGACAAUUGUUACACUAGGCAACAUAAAACGGAGUCUUCCUCUUCUAACUCUACAAAUGUCAUUUUUCCAGCUUCUCCAAAUGACAGCUGCCAGGAUAUAUCAGCAGAUGCCAGGUCAUCAAAAUGCCACAGUAUUGGUGCUGAUACUUCCACUUAUAAUAAAAUAAAGUGCAGUGUGGACGAUUCUGGGGGAAAAAGUUCUGCAUUAGGUUUGGCCAUCCAAAUUUCUCCUGGACAUGGGUCUGAUAAUAACUUUUUACCUUGGAAACAUGGGAAUGUGGAAAAUGCCUCAGAAGUAGUCGACGAUGUGGGAGCAAGAAGUCGCGACAGUAAGCUGGUAGUGAUUGCAGACUGCAAGCCUGUCAUUGUAGAGAUAGAUAGCAUCCUGAAGUCUAAUCCGCCUACAUUAGAAAAUGCAAUUCCUGGUAACCAUGAUAAAGGGGAGUCUUCUUCCGAGCUGGACGAUGCACUUGAGGUGGUUGAUCGAGAAAUCCCACUGGGGAAGAAACCACUAUACUUCAAAAUUAGAGGGCCUUCACAUGACUUUGGGGUGAAAGUGGCACCUGAAGCUAAUUACAAACAGCAAUAUACUCUAAUUACGAAAUCUGAAGAUCUAGUUGACAAAGAUCGAACUAUUUCUACUUAUGAUUUUGAUCUUAAUGAGGAUGUGGCAAUGGAAGCAGAAUGUACCGAGCUGUUGGUCAAAGAGACAGUUUCUCACAAUGUGCAUGGUGUCUUUAAGCCAAAACCUGUAACUGUAAUGUCUGAAUCUGGGAAGCUUGUCUCCCUACCUGUGACUUCAUCUGCUGCCAACAACCAUAACAACUCUAAAGAUUCAUGCAUUAAAGGGAUUGACCUCAACAUUGCUUCUGCAGGAGUUGAUUUUAACAUGGACUUGCUCCCUGGGAAAUGUAUCCCAGCAUCUUCAAGUCUCCCUCCUAGGGAGGCAAGCUCAAGGCAACCAGAAAGUUUCAGCAUUGACCUCAACUGUGCUAAUGAAAAUGAAGACAAUUUUCAUCAAAUGAAUCUGCCAGCAUCACUGAGGAGACUCCCUAUUAGAAAUUUUGAUUUGAAUAACAAUCCAACCUCAGAAGAUACAUUGGCAGAUGCUCACGAGCCAAGUCAAGAUCCAAGUCCCAUGCAGGUCUCUAGACAUGUCCAUGCUCAACCCUUUCUGGUGGUUGUGCCCAAUAUGCUUCCCUGUAGUGAACAAAUGCAAGGGACAUUUCCUGUACAAGACAAGUCAUCUUAUAAACCGACCUUACCACCACCACAAUAUCCUCUUUCUUGGCCCAAUCCAAAUGGAUUCUGCAUUGACCCUAGCAACCACCUUUCUCCAGCUGUAUAUUCUUCUGGUAUCAUUCCUUGUGUAACAGAGCAAAAUGGGCCUACUGUCUUCCCUCAGGUAUUAGGUUCCAGCACUCACCCUGCCUUUUCUGGAGCCUCCCAGUCCACACAGAUACCUGGUGGGCUGGGGCCAAAUAGCCUUGCUACCAUAAGACCAUGUUUUGAUCCAAAGAACAGGGUUACUUUGGAGAAUAGAAGCAAGGAAUAAACUGCUAGUAAUUCAGUGAUGGAAGACCAGAUUCGACCUUUCCAAUCAGUCACCUUUUCUGGUACAGCAGUGAAAAGAAGGGAGCCUGAGGGAGGAUGGGAUUCUCACCAGCAUGGCUACAGACAGGUGACUUAUUGGCACUAGGUUCCUGCAGGUUUGGGAAACAAUUUAACUGCAUAUACUCUUACUACCGUAGUUCAAAUGUUUUACUUGGCUACGGUAGUUUGGCAAGUCAGACAACUUUUGGGGUUCCACAGAUUAAGUCGGAAAUACAUAUGUUAUUAUUUAUUGCUUCUGCCCAGUUUUGACUUAAAUGUCAUUUUAUUCACUUCCAACAGAAUCUACAAAAAUUUAUGUACAUACGACAUAUUGGACAUUGGUGGUGGACUAGUAAAUCUUCAAAUUGAAA